AUGACCAAAUUCUCUAUCCCCCCUGGUAGAGAGCAGUUCUACAAGCGUAUUGGUAUCUGCAUCAUUGCAGCAAUCACUCUGUUUGUCAUCUUCCAUGGUGCCUCUUCCUCAAGCGAUAGCAUUGGCUCCACUAGAUUCACCAGUGAUGUUAGUGUUUCCGUGAAGGGUAAGAACGGGUACAAGUACAGGAGAAUUGACUAUCCUAAAUAUACUGGUCCUAAGGAGAAGGCUACUUUUGUUACUUUGGCCAGAAACAGUGAUUUAUAUUCACUAGUGGAAUCCAUUAAGGCUGUUGAGGAUAGAUUUAAUCACAAGUUUCAAUAUGAUUGGGUUUUCUUAAACGAUGCUGAAUUUUCUGAUGAGUUCAAGAAUGUUACUAGUAAUUUAAUUAGUGGUAAGACUAAGUAUGGUGUUGUGCCACACGAGCAUUGGUCUUUCCCACCUUGGAUUGAUCAAGAUAAAGCCGCUAAAGUGAGAGAUGAAAUGAGAGAAAAGAAGAUUAUCUAUGGUGAUUCUAUCUCUUAUAGACAUAUGUGUCGUUUUGAAAGUGGGUUCUUUUACAGACAUCCUCUAUUAGAUGAAUAUGAUUGGUAUUGGAGAGUGGAACCUGAUAUUAAGUUGCAUUGUGACAUUGAUUAUGAUAUUUUUAAAUUUAUGGCUGAUAAUGGUAAGAAAUACGGGUUCACCAUUAGUAUUCAUGAAUAUAUGGAUACUAUUCCAACUUUAUGGGAUACCACUAAGGAAUUCUUGAAAUUACAUCCUGAAUUUUUGAAUAAGAAUAGUAUGCUUGAUUUUGUGAGUGAUGAUGAAGGUGAAUCAUACAAUUCCUGUCAUUUUUGGUCCAAUUUUGAAAUUGCCUCUUUGAAUUUCUGGAGAGGACCAGCAUACACUGCUUAUUUUGAUUUCCUAGAUAAGAAUGGUGGGUUCUUUUAUGAAAGAUGGGGGGAUGCUCCAGUGCAUUCCAUUGCUGCAGCUUUAUUCCUUGAUCGUAAUGAAAUUCAUCAUUUUGGUGAUUUAGGUUAUUUCCAUGCUCCAUUCCAUCAAUGUCCAUUAGAUGAGUCUCUAAGAUUACAAAAUAAAUGUGCCUGUGAUCCAAAACAUGAUUUCACAUGGAAUGCCUUCUCAUGUGGUGUUAAAUACUACAACGUGAACCACUUGAAGAAACCUAAGGGUUGGGAAGCCUUGGUAUGA